AUGGAUAUUCUACCAGAGUGUUUCUUCAUAUUCACGUGCAUAGGUCUCUGGAAGCCCGCGAGCUGGACUGGCGGGAAAUCAACAGCCUACAACUUUUACACACUAUUGAUGACUUUGAUACCGAGUUUGUUUGUCAUCUCGGGAUUCUUUGACUUGAUUCUUCUGACUUCAGAUAUCAGUGAAAUUAUUGACAACGUUUUUUUGGUACUUACCAUUAUGGCGGGCUGUGGAAAAAUGAUCAGUGUUGUUGCGAAUAGAGAUAAAAUUUCUAAAAUUUUUAAUUCGUUGCAAACAAAACCACUCAAGCCUCAAGAUGAUGAAGAGAUUAUCAUUAAUGAUCAGUAUUAUAAAAUUACUAGAUUUAUUACAUUUUGUUACUCAACAAUGACUGGAGUGGGAGUAACGUUGUUUGUACUUGGAAAAAUGCUGGAAAAUGGACCAAAAAAGAUGCUCCCGUAUAGAGGAUGGUUUCCUUAUAAUUACUCCCAUCCAUUAUUGUAUUCCUUAUCCGCUGGCCAGCAAGCGCUGACGAUGAUCAUCGCCGGAGCGGUCAACGCAGCGUACGAUACAUUUUUCCCUGGAGUGAUGUUCCUCGUUUGCGCCCAGGUGAAUAUAUUCAAGCAUCGCUUCAAAGUAAUGCUGGAUUCUCUGGAAAUGGAAAAUUAUUAUGAAAAAAUUAACAAAAAUCACGAAGUCGACCACAGAAAAGUUAAUUGUGUAUUCAGCGAAUGCGUCAGACAUCACAUUUCUAUUUUCGAAUUAUUCGACGAUAUCAGCAAAGUAUUUUCCACUGUAAUUUUUGUUCAAUAUUCUGUCGGAUCAGUGAUUUUUUGCACGAGUAUUUAUCGCAUGUCAGACAUGGAUGUAAUGACAAUAGAGUUUGUCUCGAAUAUUUUUUAUAUUGGGAGUAUGCUGUCGCAAAUAUUUUUACUUUGUGUUUCUGCGAAUCAAGUGACCUUAGAGUUCCAGGAUUUAAAUACCGCGUUGUAUGACAGUAAAUGGUUCGCAGUUGAUAAUAACGCUCGCAAGUCCUUAAUAAUAAUGAUGAUAAAUUCUCAAAAUCAAGUAACUUUUACAACCGGACACAUAGUUACACUUUCACUUGAUUCAUUUACAAACCUGGUGAAACUUUCAUACACAAUCUACAACGUCCUCCAGCAAUCA